GUCUAUUAAUGUCGCGGAGACUUUAGGUGACAGUUGGCUGCUGCUUUUCCCUUCCCUGCUUUCCCCCAGCCAAGUGCCCGCUGCCCCCCUGCCCCCCUGCCAGGCUUGUGUUGGUCUGUACUGGAGGGAGGGCCCGGCGGUGCCAUCUCACUGGGGUGAGAAAUCUCUCCCCAAACUGGGAGCAGCACUGGGAGCCACACGCUUGUACUGGAGAGCAGGUAGCAGCGAUCCUCAGGCGUCAGAACGGGCGGAGAGCAGAGUUAAUGGGAGUUUAGAGGGGGAGAGGGAAGAUCCAGGAUAUCACUGUUUGCCCAGGGAAAUUGAGUUGUGACCUGCCUGCUGCGCCAGGGAAGGUAAAUGGACAGUGAGCGCUGUGCUGGGAUAUAAAUGAGACGCUACUGGGAUAUAAAUGAGACGCUACUGGGAUAUAAUUCAGACGCUACUGGGCUAUAAAUGAGACGCUAUUGGGCUAAGGGACACGAAAUCCUGUUGUUUUAGGAGGGGAUCUGGCCCCGGGGGAGGGAGGGGCUGAAGUAAAAGACCACCUCUGCCUCCUCUUCUUCAAGGGAAGAGUUGAUCAGAUCAGGCAGAAGUGCUCAGCCGCACAGAUAAUUGCCCAGGGGUACAGACCGCAGAGGGGACUUUCUUCCUGGCGACACUGUUGCAAAAGGAACGGCAUCUGGUCUCCAAGGAAUGAUACAAUGUGACCAGACUCGAACCGUUUCCCCCAAGUGAAAGCUUCCUCAGCGCUGGCCAUGGAGCCGCUUUGCGCCCAGCCUGACUGCCCGCUCCUUCUGCUCAACGGCUCCUGGGGAAACUUCAGCAUGGAGAACAGGACCGGUCCGACAAACACCACCAGGGACCCUCUGAAACGGAAUGAAGACGUUGCCAAGGUGGAAGUGGCAGUUUUAGCCCUUAUCUUAUUCUUGGCCCUGGCAGGCAAUAUCUGCGUCCUGAUAGCGAUCCACAUUAACAGGCACAAGCACUCCCGCAUGUACUUCUUCAUGAAGCACCUCAGCAUCGCAGACCUGGUGGUGGCCCUGUUUCAGGUGCUGCCUCAGCUCAUCUGGGACAUCACUUUCAGGUUCUAUGCUCCUGACUUUGUCUGUAGGAUAGUCAAGUACCUGCAGGUGGUGGGGAUGUUUGCCUCCACUUACAUGCUCCUGCUGAUGUCCCUAGACAGGUGCCUGGCUAUCUGUCAGCCCCUGAGGUCCCUCCACAGGAGAUCAGACUGUGUCUAUGUGGUUCUCACAUGGAUUUUAAGUUUUCUUCUGAGUGUCCCUCAGAUCCACAUCUUCUCCCUCAAGGAGGUAGGGAAUAAAGUGUAUGACUGCUCUGCCAGUUUCAUUGAGCCUUGGGGACUCAAAACCUACAUCACCUGGAUAACCAUAACUGUGUACAUCUUGCCAGUGAUGAUCCUCAGCGUGUGCUAUGGCCUCAUCAGCUACAAGAUCUGGCAGAACAUACGGCUGAAGACCAUGUGUGAGAGCAGUGUGAGGCUGAGUUCCAACAAGAGGGCCACCUUGUCCAGAGUCAGCAGCGUCAGGCUCAUCUCUAAAGCCAAAAUCAGGACAGUCAAGAUGACCUUCAUCAUUGUGUUGGCUUAUAUCGUGUGCUGGACUCCCUUUUUCUUUGUCCAGAUGUGGUCAGUGUGGGACCCAGAUGCUCCAAAGGAAGACUCUCUGUUCAUCAUCGCCAUGCUCCUGGGGAGUCUGAACAGCUGCUGCAACCCGUGGAUCUACAUGCUUUUCACUGGGCACCUCUUCCAUGACCUUCUGCAGCGCUUUCUGUGCUGCUCCGCUCGUUACCUGAAGUCCAGCCAGCAGGGCAGCGACAUGAGCACCAGCAGGAAAAGCAACUCUUCCACCUUCGUGCUCAGCCGCAAGAGUUCCAGCCAGAAGAGCAUCACCCAACCUUCUAUUGCCUGAGAGCCACAAACAAGCCCCUAAGACUGUUAGGAAGUGACUGUUCUGAGACUGGCAGUGGGGAGAGGGUCUGUGAGUGGUUUCAGUACAGGGAAGGAGUGGGCAGUAUGAAGGCAUCCUCUGUGCCCCUGCGGGCAGUAACUGCAGCUGCUGUACCACUUACUGUAUAGCAGAGCUGCCAUAUUUCACCUAUAAUAAUGAGCUUAUUACUGGCAGCUGCUUCAGCAGUGAGACUGUCAUACAUUGGUUGUAGGAAAAGUACAGGGAUGACGUGGGGGGACUGGGAUCUGUCUCCAAAGCUGCUAAGAAUAUCAUUCAUUUCAUAGUCGAUGCUGACAGAAAGGGAAGCAGGAAAGCGAGCAGCUACUGCCGCACCAGGGAUAUGUAUUUAUGCAGGUGUAGGAGUGAUGCUUUAAAUCUCAGGAUCUGGCGUAGCUACGGAACGAGACCGAGUACCACAAUUAAACUAAUAGGGGAGUCUUAAACCUGUGCCUCUCCAUUGUCUUUGUGAAGCAACAACUCCCAUAAUGCCAAAUCUGCACAAGGGAUUCUGGGAAUGCAACAGCUGCUAGAGAGGAUAGUGGUGAGGUUCAUUGAUAAUAACGUGGACUUUAACCCUUGAGGGACUAAACUGGCUUUGUCUUCUGUCAUCCUUAUGCAUUUGUGUCCGUGGGAAUACUUGUAUUCCAAUCUUAUGUCCAAGAAAAUUGUCUGAUCCCCCAAACAGCCCAUCUAACUGGCCUGUUUUCUACCACUGUGGUUCUGUUUCAUCAACUUUCUGAUUAUUGCCAUGUACCUCUGAGCCAAGUCAGAGUCACUUCCAGAAUCAAUUAAGUCCCAUGUGACUUCUGAUUUGAAUCCAAUUUGUCUCCCAACUGUCCUGAUUUUUGUGGGACAGUCCCAAUUUUAAUAGCUCAGCCCACAAGCCUGCACUGAAUGCCAAA